ACAUAAACAACACACAGCCUUUGGUACCAUAUCCACCACAGCACAAACUAGACACUUUUUCCCUGUCCGCCCCAGCCCCAUAGGAGAUGGAGGCGGCGAUUGGCCUCGCCACCGGGCUCGUCGACAGCGUGCUGACUCUGCUUUCCAAUGAGCUUGUGGGGGCGUAUGUUGCUAGCGCUGAGCUCGGCCUCAAUUGCAGGGAGAUAAAGCGUGACCUGAUGUUCACGCAAGGACUGUUGCACGAGGCUCAGAGAAGUGGCGUGGUUGACAACCACGGUCUCCAAGGGCUGAUGCAGGAGCUCAGCACCAAGGCUGACGAGGCUGAGGAUGCACUGGAUGAGCUCCACUACUUCAUCAUCCAGGAUGAUCUCGACGGCACCAACUAUGCCGUACCGGAUCUGGGUGAUGAGCUUCGAGGUCAUGCUCGCCAUGGUCGGCUUGCUCUUCGCCACACUAUUGGUCUCAGAGCACAAAGGUAUUUUCAUCGAUGGCUUCCUUGCAGUACUGGUCGAUUCUCUGGUGCAUGCAAUUGCUUCCAGGUGGUAAGUGCUCCAUCUUGUUGGAUUAACACAAAUUUUUGCUUAGCCUUUUUUUGUCCACGCUAAAAUAUGUAUAUGCCAACCGUGUGGCAGAUUGCGAAACUGCCACACGCAUCCAACGCCAUCAAUUCUCUUUCGAUUUCCUUCCUUUCCCGCACGACCUCCCGAUUUCUUUCCUUUCCCUCACAUCCUCCCCCGAUUUCUUUCCUUUCUGCAUGUCCUCCCCGAUUUUAUCGGGCGCACCCGCUCGUGCCUUCCUAAUUUUCGUAAUUGUCAUUUUUGGCCCUACAUGCCUUCUUAAUUUUCAGCAAAAAUAAUGCUUGGACUAGGAUUUGAUCUCUAGUCCACAUGUAAUUAACAAAUGGAGCUAACCGCCUCACCUAUGGCACUCAUUGUUGAACAUUCUAAGGAAAAUACUGUUUUUGACAUGUUUUUGCCUUUAAUAUGUUAGCACUGAAAAACUUUUUGUUUCAAGCAUCGUGGCAACUUUGAUCAUUGGGAAUAAAUUUGUUCAACCCGCCCUCCGGUCAUUUCUGUAAAUAGCAUGAUAACAUUCACGCCAUAGACCUGAUAAUUUAGAUACAAACAUCGUGGUAACUUUAACCAUUAGGGAAGAUAAAUAUGAAAAGAUACCCGAUAAUUUAUGUGUAAAUAGAUGGUAAUAUACGCAGCGCACAUCUGAUAACUGAGGUAGAAGCACCAUGGUAACUUUGACCGUAGGGAAUUUUUUUUUUUGAAAAGAUACUCCGGUACCUUCUGUGUAAAUAGCACGGUAGUAUACCUUCCUCCCCUGACAUUUUUAUGUGUAAAUAGUAUGAAGACAUAUGCACUGCGAUAACUAAACACCAUGAUAAGUUUUUGACCCGUGUGGAGGGGGAGGGGGAUUUGUUGAAACAUAUCCCUGAUAAAUUUUGUGUAAAUAGCAUGAUAUUUUAAGCACUACGGGCUUGAUAGGUUACCUAGAAUCACCAUGAUAACUUUUUGCCCCGGGAAAAAGUUGUUCAAAACAUUCCCAAUAAUUUUUGUGUAAAUAACAUGAUAAUAUAAGCACCGCAUAACCGAUAACUUGCAAUAUAAACAUGAUGGUAACUUUUUUACCAAAGGAAAAUAAGUUGUUAAAAACAUACACUCGCCUCGCGCGUGGGCCUCUUGGAUGAACACAACACAUGGCGUGCUACGGGAAAGUCACAUAAUGUUUAGUGUCAUGAGGGGCACAAGUGCUAUAGACGUGAUAAGUUACGCAAAAACAUUAUGGUAAUUUUUGAGCUAUGAAAAAAGCUACCGAAACACACCCAGGUUUUUAGGUGCAAGUACCAUGAUAAUAUAUGAACCGUAGACCCGGUAACUCAUGUACAAUCCCCCAUGGUAACUUUGACCGGGGGGAGGUUGAUGUACAUAUACCAUGAUAACUUAUGUGUAAGUACCACAGUAUUUUACACAUCAAAGACCUUAUAACUUGUGUACAAAACACAGUGGUAACUUUGAAGGGGUGUAGUUGUUGAAGCAUAGUACCUGAUACAUUCUAUGUAAAUAGCACGGUAAGUUAUGCAACACAGGCCUGAUAACUUGCAUACAAAUAUCAUGGUAACUUUGUCCUGAGGAGAAAUCAUGUGGUAGACGUGAAGAAGUGACAGUUUUCUCGAGGGUGAGCGCCCGAGAUGUGCGGGAGAAGCACGUUUCUCGCGCGAGCCUGCGGGGUCAUUUGGGAGGAGGCGAGGUAAAAAGACGAGGGAUCGUAUGAUACUUUAAAAUGAAAGAAAUAGAUGUGUGACAGUUUUGCUUAUAUGGCACAUGUGUGCCAAAUAUCACAUGUUUUCGUGCAAUAUUGAAGCAGGUUUAGUAUUUGUUCUUUCAGUCCAUUUCCAUGGUAUCCUUAACAUAUUGAAGCAGGUUGAGUACAUCUUGUGCAGAUUUGAUAUAUGGUUAUGUUUCAUGGUCAACCUCAACCCUCAGAGUUUCAGUUCUAGCUUAGCAGGUUCGUGUGUUGACUAUGAAUGAGCAGGUGUCGCGAUUCACGCCUUUAGACAUGUUACCUUACAUGUGGAUGAUGGAUUCUGUGGUUUCAGGUGCGUGUGUGUCACCAUGUUGACGAACCUGAAUCAUGACGAAGAAGCUAUAUAUGGCGAAGGAAGCGACUAACCACCAGUCGACUGGUCGCUAACCAUCAGAUCCGCACGAUACUUUCGAUGGCUGAAACAACGCUUCACAUCUAUGUGCAAUCUCGCAUGCAGCGUUGCGGUGCAAUCUCCCAUACACAUAUUUUGGUUUGCAUGGAGUGCACGUCCUAUUGAACCCAAUUAAUAAUGCAUGCAUGUAGAUAA